GACGUAUACAAGUACUGGAUUAACAACUAUCUUCAUGAGUUGCCCCAAGAACUGUUGCUUCUACUUUUUGGGAUCGCUCUGUUGCCUCCGCCGAGAUGGACAGAAGCAAUUGAAACAUUCCAAAAUCGGUACCAACAGUUAUCAGAGAAGCUAGCUGGUUUAAUUAAUUACAUCAAUCAGUUUUGGAUUCCAAGGAAGACUUCAAUCUCGUAUGAAGCCAUCGAAUAUGGAACUCAUCACCACUUGAAUAACCUUGGAGAAGACUUAUCAAACAUUUACAAGUUUCUUGAACUAUUUCAUUUAAAAAUGAAGACAACAGAAGAAAAUUGGGCCAAUGGAUGGCACAACAACGGUGGUGGACAGCAUCCAAAGAAAAAGUUUUUUGUACUAGAACAUCUUCACAGGCAAUUUUAUAAUCAAAGGAUGUCUCUUGAAGAUUUUGUGCGGUCGUCAAUCAAAGGAACCGUUUUACAGUUGAUAAAAGCUGAAAACAAUUGCAAAGAUCGAGGAAUACCUUUACCUGCCUUACAAGAAAUUGGCGAUAUUGAUGACGCUGCUGCUGAUAUUCCGGAAAUGGAAGUUCUUCAGAAUCGUGGUGGUGGUGCUGGUGCUGCCACUGCUGCUGCUGAUGCUGAUGCUGAUGUUGAUGCUGAUGCUGAUGUUGAUGUUGAUGCUGAUGCUGAUGCUGAU